AUUUUCAAUCUAAAUUAUCUUUCAUGUAUGGUAGGAGGGUGGGUUUUCCCAUGAUAUUCCAACCGCUCUGCGUAGAAGUAAAGUUGACUGCCCGGUCCCAGAGGAAAUGGUUACUGUCAGUGUUGAUGGUUCUGUGCUAGAUCGAAUUGCUAAAAUUAUGUCAUAUCUUCGCCUUGGAUCAUCUGGGAAGGUUCUCAAGAAAAAGAAGAAAGAAAGAGAAGUGAAAGGAAGGAUAGCAAUUAUUGGUAAUGACUAUGUUGAAGAUGAGAGGGUGUCAAAGCCUGACGGUGAAAUUUUAAAGAAUAGAACUUACAGAGAAAACCUACCUCCACCUCCCCCACCUCCGAAGCAGGGACAUCCCGAAUCAAGAGAGAACCAAGGCCCUGAAGUUUCCAGAGCUGAAGAUGACGACAUUUUUGUGGGGGAAAUUUUGUUACCUGCACUCUAAAGAUGAUGCUUCAAUCUCGUUACCUGCAAGACAGGAAUGUAUUGUGCAAUACAUUGGCAUGAAAUUUUGUUUGUUCUUCUUGAAUGGCUAUGUGAUGUAUUGCAUUGUGUCACGGUCAGAAUUUACUUGG